AUGGAUGUGAUGGAUGUGAUGGAUGGGUGUAGUGGUGACCAGAGUAGUGAUGACAAGUGUAGUGACCGUCGCAUCCAUUUAGCGAUUGAACGUAUAAUUCAAAUCUCGAUUCCCUUUCAUCUGAAAUGCAUUCAAAAUCAUAAACAACUCAUUGAAAAGUAUCGACUGCAACAACACUUGGAUCUACUAUUGAAAGAACAGAUCAAUGGUCUGCAAAGUGUCCAAAGACUUAAAUCCGAGUUAAGAGAGUUGGAAACAUUGGGACAAUCAUUGGCCACAAGUGAUCAGCAAUUGGUUUGCCAACAGAUCAUUACUAUUAAGACCAAUGUCUGCUCAGUUGUCCAACAGUUCAUUGAAUCCAAUCACGAUUUAAGCAACCCUUUGAUUGGUGUCGAAGCGAGCAAUGAAUUUAAUUAUCCCGAAGACCAGAUGACAGACAAGACUUUACCAAAUGGUGACAUGGAUUCAAAUGUGCAAAUAAUGGCAGAUAUAAACGAUAAGAGAUAUUUGUUCAAAGGAUGGCAAACA